CCCCCGAUGGAAACGUACCAUCAUCAUGUUUGUUAAGUUUAUUUUUCAAACUGUUUAAACAGACUUCAGAUUAAAUCUUCAUCUACAAAGAAUAGAUAUGAUUUAUAUAUACCAAUACAUUUUAUGAAUCAAUUGUUUUACUACACGGUUUCAUCAUUCCAAGAUAUCUUCAUUAUCUUUAGUUUUUAUUGGUACAUCUUUAUCAUCAUGAUCUCAUGUCCUUGAACAUGUUGAAGACAGAAAAUCAUUUCUAAGGAUAUUAGUCAGGAUGCCAAAAUUGAAAAGAAAUUGCUGGACUCUUCCUUAUCACAGAAAACGAAGGGCAAUAAAGCAGCUUCAGCAUGUAAAGUCAUUGAGAAAGAAAACAUUGGCUUCUACAAAACCUGAGGAGUUUACUGUUGAAGAAGCUGAUAGUGGUGUUGUCAUAGGAACUGGAACAAUUCAUGAUUCUUAUUGGUCAGUUACUAUUCCUGAGGAUGGCAAUCACUUUGAUGGAGAUUUGAAUAAUGGCACUACACAAGACAUUUUUAAGAAUGAACAUAUUGAUUUAGAGUUAGAAAUUGAUGUAGAUGAACAUUUGGCCAAAGAACAAUGCAUACAAAUAAAUGGAGAAGAAGAAAAUAGUUUUGAAAAAAUAGAUAUAGAAGGAAAUUGUAACACAGAACAUGAUAUAAGAAUAGAUGAAGAAGAAGAAAAUAGUUUUGAAACAAGUCAGUAUGUUGGAAUUGGCUCUGAGAUGGUGUCAUCUGAGAGCAAUGAAUUAUCAGGAGUUGUUUCCCCUAUAACAUCGUAUAUUGACAACAGUUACAACACUGUUCAAACUGAUGGUAUAAGAUUAACUAGAAACGAGGAAAAUAGUUUUGAAACCGUUCAAUAUGUUGAAAUAGGCCCUGAGAUGGUGUCAUCAGAGAAUAAUGAAUUAAACAGAGUUGUUUCCCCUUUUCCAUCAUAUAACAGCUAUAGCACUGUUUUCACAGAUCAUGUGACAGAUGCUAAAUGCCAUCAGGAUUCCAAUGAUGUAUCGGAGAGCAAUGAGUUAGGCGGAGUUAUUUCCCCUAUAACAUUAUAUAACAAUAACAGUUACAACACUGCUCAAACUGACACUAGAAGUCAAAAGAAUUACCAUAAUGGAUCAGAGAGCAACAUUUCAAAUGAUUUGGUCACUGUUAAAGUUGAAUUACCUGAUGGAACCACAGAAUUAUUAGAAUCUAUUCCAUACGACAGUUACCAAACAGUUCAGUCUGACAUAGACUUGUAUGGUUCACAUACUGACAAUGUAAACAUUCAGAAUAAUAAGAUUAUGUCCGAGUCAGAAUUGUUCAGAAUAACACACAAUGUGAACACUAUUCCUGACCAGUCAAUGCCAGGAUCAUCAACUCAAUCGUUUAUUCCUGCACAUGAUCAUGUUGAGGAAGGUCAGGAAAAUUGCCAGGAGUGGGAUAUUGGAAUGCUUCCAUUUGUUAUGGAGACAAUGAAGGAACAAGAAAAUACGCAAAGUUUACUUGACAAAAAUAUACAAAAGGCAAAGAAAAAGAAAGUACAGGAAGCUAAAUGGAAAGCUGGUAUAUGUAGUUUUAAUAGGUGCUGCCCAGGAUGUGAUACUUUUGGAAAUAAUGUACGCAAGCCAACAAAAUCCAAGAAGACAAAAACUACCAAAACUGCUUCAGUUUUAGGUGAAGAGAAAAUUCAGUUAUGUUCAAAACGCAAAAUUCCUAAAGAAAGAUGUGAUUUUUGUGGAAUGGUAUUUAGUGGUGCUUCGCAAAAAUAUAAAAAACAAAAUCAUAUCAUUGCUGAGCAUUGUUCCAAAGAAGUCAGGGAACAGCUCCGGAAAAGGAAAAAGAAAGACGAAGUUGUAUAUAAAACUAAAUUGAAGUUCAAGUAUGCAGAGAUUAAACUAAAUUUAGAGUUUCCAGAUGAACUCUAUGGGAUGGAAUGCAUAGAAUGUAAUAAAGUUAUCAGAGAAGAACAUUUUAGAAAAAUAUUAAAAUGUACAAAAUGCAACUAUUCCUCGUUGUGUUCACGGGCUUAUAUAGAACACAUGAUUAAUAGGCAUGGAACAAAAAACAGAGCUUCCAAUAAAUUUGUUCCAUGUUCUUCAAGGUUCAUGGAGUGUGCCUGUGGCUUUGUUCAUAUUGAAGGCAAUAAAAUGGCGGAACAUUUACAUUUAUGUGAAUACAACCAGUUUAGUUGUAAGAUCGUUCAUUCAAAACAAAUCAGCAGCGGACGUGAAGAUGACCCGGAUAUUGAUGUAAUUACCAUUGAAGACUACAUAAAUGAAACAUCUCAGGAAAUAGAGUGUACAGAAAUCAGAGAUGAUGCGGCACUUCAAGAAAGAUCAACACCAUCAAAAGUACUUUACAAUUAUAAGAGACAUAAAUGCAGCAAGUGUUUUACCAUACUUAAAAAACAAAUUGAAGAAGAACAACAACGAAAGGCAAUACAAGAGGUGAAUGAACACCACAAUUACAAUAAACCAUCAUGCUUAUCACUUCAAACUAAUUCAAAAGAAGUUUAUGUCUGGGAACCUCGCUUCCCAUUUGGUAUUCCAACAGUCGUUAAUGAGUCACUUACAAACCUUCAGAAUUCACAAGUUAUAGAAAAUCAAGCACUACAAUCUGUAGGACAGAGUUCUGGAUCUAGGGAAAAUUGGACCUGGACCAAUAGUAAACGAAGUCAACAAAGGAAAGAUUUGAAAGAAUUGAUUCAGCAAAGACAAAAUUUGGAAAAAUUGAUUCAGCAAAAAACGAAAAAGACACUCGAACCAACAGAAACGAAUAAGAAACCAAGUAGAAAUAAUGUCCAUAACGGUUUGGAACGUCGACGUAAGCCAAAACCAACAGAUACGAAUAAGAAACCUAGUAGAAGUGAAGUCCAUAACGAUUUGGAACGUGGACGUAGGCGAGAAAUGUCCGACUUUUUCACUGGAUUGAUGCGUUCUCUUCCAGGAUAUUCUGCUGGAAAAGAGUCAAUACCAAAAAUUAAAAUUUUGAAAAAUGCAGAAAAAUGUAUAAUAAGUCUUACGAAAGAAUCGUUUGACCUUGAACAUGAAAAAGAAUGGCUGCAAAGGCAAAAUUUUCUACUCAAUGAAAAUUUAAAGCAUUGCAACGAAAUGAUAACUGUUUUACCAUUAACUUGAUCUUUAUAUCAAAUCCGAUUUUAACAAGAUCACUGGUAUCUUUCCACAGUAUUCCUGUCAUUCUCUGUUUUUUCUUUCUUUGAGUGUCUGUAAAAUAAAUGAUUUAAAAAAAAAAUCUUUUUAGAUAAUUUUUUUUGGAUGCAAAAUGUACAGAUGCACAGAUAUUGAAGUACUUAUAUUAUAUAGAUUAAUGGUUUUUAAAAUAUUUGAUGUGUUUAUGUUCAUAAGCAUAUUAUUCUGAAACUUUUCAGACCAUAGACGUAACUUUUCAUUUUUGUCGAGCCUGCGACUUUUGUGAGCAACUAAGACAAUGCAGGAAGACUUAAGGGCAUACGAUACAGUAACAGGGGAGGUCAUGACGUCGCUAACGAAUAAUGUUAUUUUCGCGACGUCAAACUGUGACAUAACGGGAAAAGAUGCAUUUUUCGACUGUUUUUAUGAUUUAAACUGAUGUAACUUGAAAAAUGCCGUUUUUCCUAAAAUCCUGAAACUUUAUUAUUAAUCAAUUAUUUCCAUAGAAUUGUUGUACAUAUUAAUAGUAUAUAUAUGUAAAGAAGAUUUUCAUUAUGUGUUUACAAAAUCCGCUUGUGCUUAUCUGUUGAAACAAAAAAGUUAAGUGUGUCUAUUCGAAGGAUACAAAUGUCCAACAAACCGAAAUGUUGAGUGAAUGUCUUAAAUUUCGACCCCUUUUAUCUCUUAAAGUAGCUUAUGAAGGUAUAUUUUUUAUUACAUAUUUGAAUUGCUUAGGUGAAAAAAGAUUCAUCAUGGGAUCAAAACUGUAUCGUAUUCCCUUCAGAAUGCAAUCAGUGGCGUCUGUAGUAUCAAAAAUUUAUUUACAUUUUUGAUUAAAUUAGUUUAAGAAGAAUCCGCAUUGGUAUGUCAAUGAUUAAUUUGAAUUAUCAUAAUAGAAUAGAGAAUGGUAGCAUAUCUUAUGACAGAGCUUUUUCUUGAAAGUUUAGGAACUCUCGAUAUAGACGGUCCAGUUAGGCAAGGUGUACCUUUCUUCGACGAGGAUAGAACAAAGCUUUUGACAGUUGUUUGGUCUCCAAUCGACCAUGGUCCUUUGACUUUGAAGUUACGUAUGAUUUACAUGUGAAGUUGUCUUUAAUGUAAAUUAUCAAAAUAACAUGCAGGCGAUACAUAUGUAUGUCAAAACUUUAUUUUUCUUAAUAUGAUAUAGUCAUACAAUUCCUCCUGAGAUAAAAGACAGAUUAAAUUCACCGUGUGCAUAUUGACAUUAUAUGUUGCAGUUCAUACAGUUCGCAUUCAAAUUUUGGAGGAUUAAAGCUGCUUGGUUACUGUUAUUUUGACAAGAUACUGCAUGUUUGUCACUAUUACUCACCAUGUAAAUUUCUAUUUGUUUUAGUUAGUACAGUUAUUGUUAUUUGCAUCAUUUUUAAUCCCCUACCGACGAAGUCGAAGGGGACUUUAGGUUUGCACUCCGUCCGUCUGUCUGUCUGUCCGUCUGUCUGUCCUUCUGUCAGUCCGGCAAAUCAGCUUUCCACACUUUUUUUCUUCGUUCUUGAAGAUAUUUGGUAUAUAGUUUUAUCAUGACAAGUUAUAGAUCAAGUUAAAAUUUUAAUUAAGAUUUAAUCCAGAGUUAUGGACCAUAACUCUGGACCAUAUCUAAUGUUAGAGUACUAUGUUAAACCAUAUUUCUGUACAAAGGGAGAUAACUAAUUUUUUAAGACAUGCUUUGUUCAAUUAUUUGAAGAAUUUUUUGGCAGGUUUGUUAGUUAUUUAGUAUAAACUAAUUUUCUGAAUGCUAUAUAUAUCAAAAAAAAAUAUGAAAAGAAAUCCUUUAAUUAGAUAAUAAUCUAUGUUUAUUAUGUAUAUAUUUCAAUACAUUACAUUGUGUAGAUAAAAGUUGUUGACAUUUUAUAGAUAAGUUACAAAAAUAUAUAUUAGUUUGUGACAAAUGAAAGAAUUUUUUUUUUAUUAUAUUUGAUUAUAAUUUGAAAAUAGAUAUACACUGUAUAAUAUAUCAUAUCUAAUUUUAGAGAACUAUUAAUCAUAUCUAAUGUUUUUUUCAUCAUGCUUAUACGAUAUUGAUUGAUAAUUGGUAUAUAGUUUUAUCAUGACAAGUUACAGAUCAAGUUCCAACUUUUGUUUCGGUCUAAUAAUUUUGUGCAGAGUUAUGGUCCUUGGACUUGAAAAAUUCACUCAUAUAAUCAGUUUUCCACACUGUUUUUAGUCAUGCUUGAAGAUAUUGACAUGAUAUAUACUUUUUGUUUACACCAUGGCAAGUUAUAUAACAAGUUAGCAUUUUGUUCCAGUAUAAUGAAUUUUUACCCGGUAGGGGACUAUGUAUUGCCAUGCAAUACUCUCAGAAUGCUUGUUCAUUAUGACUUGGUUUUUCAAUGAAUUGUAAUUGUGUUACUUUUGAAAAAAACUAUUUUAUAAUAAACGACCAUAAUUGUUUUAAAUUGUUUUUUUUUUUAUUAUAAUGUAAUGUGUUUGUAAAAAUAUAUAUAUAACAGCAGUCAUUUCAUGUAUGGACCAUUGUUAAAUGCUUUGCACUCUAUCUUAGCAUUUUAUAAUGUUUCUGAGCUUCAAUACUGUGAUUUUAUAAUAGGUUGACAGAUUAAUUGAAAACUUCCUUGAUGUGAAAUCAUCAGUGUUUAAUAUAAUUUUCAUACUAAUUUUAAAAUUUUACAAUAAAUGUCAACUAAUAAAUAGAUUCAUUUCAAACAAAAAAAUGGGAUUCAGUAUAAAAAUUCUGUUAACACUGUUCAUGUUAUAAUAAUCCAAAAUAAAAAUAUAUAUCAGCU